AUGAAUAUAUUGCAGAAGGAUAAAAAAACGGAAAAACAUAGUAGAGAACAUUACGUAGGAAAAGAGAGAAGAAAGAAUAAUUUUUUGCUUUAUAAUAAUAGAAAUAAAGAAUAUGAGACGAAAAUUUUAAAGAAUAGUACUAGGAAAUAUAAGAAUCCUAAAUUUGUAAAUACAACAAAUUUGAAUUAUCACAAAUAUUAUUAUACAUAUUCUAUAAAUAAUAUGAGUGAAAAAAAUAAGAAUUCUAGGAUGAAGAAAAAUGAUAAGGAAAAAGAGAAUAUAAUAUUAAAUAAGAAAAGAGAUAUGCUUGAAAAAUAUAAGUUGAGUGUGAAAAAAAAUAACAAAAAUAAAAAAUAUAACAUAAAAGACGGAAACAUGAAAGAAAUGUAUUUAACAUAUGAUGCUUCACAUUCAGAUAUAUCUGAUGGUGUAUCAUUAUAUAAUGAAUGUAAUGAUAAUAAAUUUUUUAAAUUGAAUAUGGACACAUCUAUGGAUAAAAAUGAUAUAAUAAUUGACGAUGUAACAAAAAAUGUUUUAUUAAAUAAUAUAUCAGAUGAUGAUAAUAAUAAUAAUAAUAAUAAUGACAUUAGUAAUAAUAAUAAUAACAAUAAUCAUCAUAAUCAUAAUAAUCAUAAUGAGAAUGGUUUAUAUUUAUCAAAUUAUGAAAAUGAAAAGGAUAUAAUGGAAUAUACUACAAGUGCGCAAUAUUAUGAUGAAACAAACAAUAUUAAUGAACUAAAUAAUAUAAAUAACAAAAAUACAAACAUUAUUAACAAUGAUGAUAAUACCAACAACCUUAACAACAAAAAUAAUAAAAAUAAAUAUGACAAUACUAGUAGUAAUAACUUAGAUUAUUGCACAAAUAAAAGUGAUGUAAUUAUUGAAGAUCCAGACAUGAGUUGUGAAAUGGAGACAAUGGUUGAGAAAGAUAAUAUAUUAACAAAUGAUGCAGAUGAAAAUUACAUAGAAUUGAAUAAAAUUUUUAAUAAAAACAUUGAGUCAAAUAUUAAUGAUAUAAAUAAUGUAAGUACAAAAAAUCGAGUUGAAUAUUUAACUUAUAUACAAUCAACUAGUAAUGAAAAAGAGAAUAUGAAUAAUGAUACAUUGUAUGUGGAUAAUAAAGAAAUGUUAUAUGUACCAAAAAAUAAUAUAAAAGUUAAUAAUAUGAUGAAUAACUAUCAUAAUACAUAUAUGGAUCAUGCAAAAAAUAUUUAUUUGAAUUUGAUAGAAAAUAAUACAAUGAGUGAACAUCAAUUAUUGUAUGAUGACGAUUUUGUAAAUGAAAACAGAAUGGAAGGAAAUUACAUAAAGGAAAUAAGCAGCACAAAUAAUAUAAUGUGUGAUAAUAAUAAUAAUAAUAGUGAAUGCUCAUCAUUGUUAAAUGAUAAUAAGGAUACUUUUUUUCAUUCCAAUUAUAAAAUGAAUAAUGUAACAGAUGAAGUACAAGAUAAGAGUAUUUAUAAUAAUAGUAAUGAUAUGUAUGAAAAUGGAUUACGGAAUAAUCUAUCAAAUGAUAUAAACCUUAACUAUACAAUUAAUAGUAAUUCUUCAAAUGAUGAUAAUAUAUGUGAUAUAAAUAAUAAAUUAUAUAACUCAAAUUAUUUAACAUUAAAUGUGAAUCGUUUGAAUUAUAUGGAAAAUAAUUUAUGUGAUAAUAAAAUGUAUGAACUAACUGAUUAUUAUAAUAAUAAUUUUGUAAUUAAUGAGAAAAAUAAAAAUAACAUGAAUUUGUAUAACCAUUCUUCAAUGAAUGUAAAUAAUUUAAAUAUCACUGAGGAUUUUAAAAGGGAUGAAGAUUAUAAUGGUAAUAUGAAAAUAUAUCACCCCAUAGAUGAUAAUAAUAAUAAUAAUAUUAAUAUUAAUAGUAAUGCUAGUGAUGGUAAUAAUUGUCAUAUGGGGCAUAAUAUUCCAAAUAUAAAUAAUGUUCAUAAUAGUAAUAAUUGGUGUAGCAAUAGUAUAGCUAGUGAUGAACCAAAAAGUAAUAAAAUCAAUGAAAUGAUAACAAAAAAUAAUAUUGAAAAAGUAAAAAUUAUUUCAACCAGUAACAGCUGUACAAAUUAUAAUAAUGAUGUUAAUACAGUUUGUCCAAAUAAUAAUAGUAAUAAUGAUAAGAAGAUGCCUUUUAAAAGUGAUGAUUAUGAUACUGAAAUGGAAGAAAUGCAAGUAAAAAAGAGAGAAUUUAAAAAUAUGAUUUUAAAUAAUAAAUCUGAAUUUACUACUAUAAAUGAAAACGAUGAAUUAUAUAAAACAGUUUUAUAUUUUGAAAAAAAAAAUAAGAAAAUUCUAAAAAUGAGAAGAUCAUUAAAAAGAAAAAGAAAAUCCCCUAAAAAUGAAAAUUUGGAAGAUGAAUCAUGUGUUAUGCAGGAUGAUAAUGAUAUAAAUGAAGAUCAGAAGUAUGAAAACAAUUCUAAUGAUAUAUUAAACGAUCAGGUUGGAAAUUACUCAAAUGAUAUUAACGAUAAAAAUAUGAUACAUUUGAAAGUGGAGCAACAAGAUGAUACUGAUAAUAAUAGUAAUAGUAAUAAUAAUACUAAUAAUAAUAAUAAUAAUAGUAAUAAUAAUAAUUUGGGUGUUCAUAAAAAAUAUACUGAUAAUGAAAAGAAUGCAUUAUUAUUAUUAUUAAACCAGAAAGAUAAUAGUAAUGAUAACAAUUUGGUGAAUAAUCCUAAUAUUGAAAAUAAUUCAAUGUUAAUAGUUCCAAAGAAAAAAAAUACCUCAUCAAAUGUUAAGGGUGUGAAAAGAAAUACAAAAACAAAGAAUCAACAAAAUGAUACAAAUGAUAUGUGUGUUAAUAAUGAUGGAAUGUGUGGUGAUAAUGGAAAAACGCAGAAAGGUGUAAACCGAAAAGUUGGUCCAGGAAGGAAAAAAAAUGUAAAUUUUAAGAUGGAAGAAAAUGCUGAUACUAAUGUUAUUUAUGAAAAAAUAAAUAUAAAUAAUAAUAAUAAUGAUAAUAAUAAUAAUAAUGAUAAUAAUAAUAAUAAUAAUAAUAAUGAUAAUAAUGAUAAUAAUAAUAAUAAUGAUAAUAAUAAUAAUGAUAAUAAUAAUAAUGAUAAUUGUAGUAAUAAUACCUUGAAUGGGAGAAAAAAAUUUAAAAAGUUAAAAAGUGUACAAGCGUUAAACAUUAAAUGUAAUAAUAACGUAGAUUUAUCAUUUAUAAAUAAAAUAAAUAAUAACAAUCAAAUGGAUUAUACUGUAACAGAUUAUAGUAGUGGGAACAGUGCGACAUUAAUUGAUAAACAAAAUUGUGAAACGGAUUAUUUAGAAAAUGGUCAAUAUAAUCAUACUUCUAAUAUAUCAUUAAAUGGAUUAACAUAUAAUGGAGUUAUGGUAAAAUGUGAAUUAUCUGAUGAUAAAAUGAAUAAUAAUAAUAAUAAUAAUAUAAGUACUUUUAAUUGUAAUGUAAAAGAGGAGCCUGUUGAAACUAUUCCCUGUGUAUAUGAAAAUAAUAAUAAUAAUAAUAACAAUAAUAAUAUUAAUAGCAACAAUACUAAUAUUUGUAACAAUAAUAUUAAUAGUAACCAUUUUACUUUCAUGUCGAACCAUGAUAAUGAACAUAAUGGAUCAGGGGAAAAAAACAAUAAUCAAACAAUCGAUAAUAACGAAGAAUCAAAUAACAUUAAGGGGAAAGGAAAAGGUGGUAGAAGAAACUUAAGAGGUCGAAAAGGAAAAAAUAAAAAAGAUGAUGACUAUUUUUAUGAAGAAGAGAUACAUGAUGAAAAUGUAACAAAGAAGAGAAAUAAAAUUAAAAAUAAAAAUACUGCAAAAAGUAAUAAAAAAAAUGAUGAUAAUAAUAUUAAUUCGAAUGUGGAAAUAAUGAAUACACAAAAUGUUCAAGACAAUAAUGCUAGCAAUAUAACUCCUAAUGAUAAUAUAAAUAAAUUAAAUACAAAUUAUAAAUUUUCGAAUAAUAUACAAGUGAAAAAUGAAAAUAUGAAUAAUAACAUAUUAUAUAAUGAUAUAUCAACAAUGUGUAAUAAUAAUAAUAAUAUAAAUGUAAUGAAUGGUAAUUCAGAAAAUUGUAUUAGCAAUGAAAAUCUUGAUAAUCAUAAUACAAAUAAAAAUAUAUCAAAUGAUAAAGAUAAUUUAUCAAAUAUUAAAUGUGAUUUAUCAUUAAAUACCAAAACUGAACAAAAUGAUGAAGAAAAACCAAAAAGGAAAACAAAGAAAAAUUCGACGAAGGCUAAUAGUAGUAAAGUUCCUAAGAGUAAAACUGAAAAUACUGGAGAAAAAAAAGUUAGAAUAAAAAUAUGUUUAGAAGAUUUUUUUAAUAAAAAUAAGGAGAUAUAUAAUGCGAUUGAUAUUUUUUCAAGUAUUAAUGAUAUUAAUUUGCCAUCAAUAGAAGAUGAAAAUUCAAUUAAUUUAUUAUUGGGAAAUUCGAAGGAAAAUGAAACAAAAAGUAAUAAUAUACAAAAUUUAAAUGAAGUAAAAAAUGAUAUACAAAAUAGAAACGAAACUGUUCUUGAAACUUUGUCUGAUAAUACAAAAAUUAUGAAGAAAAAUAAUACGAUAUGCUCUAAUUGUCUUUAUGCUUAUAAAAUUCAAAUAUGUAAGAGGGUUGAAAUGUUUAAUUUUUUUGAAGCAAAAAAUGAUGAAUUAAGUACGGUUACUGUAAAAGAAGGUAUAAGUAAUAAUAAUAACAAUAAUAAUAUUAAUAAUUUAGAUAAUAUGAAUAAUAAUGAAACGAGUUAUAAUAAAUGUAAUAAUAUAUUGGAACAUGAUAAUAUGGAAGGACAAUUUUAUCAGAAUAAUAAUUAUUGUAAUAUAAAUUUUUGUGAAAGUAUUAGAAAUAAUAAAUAUAUUGAUAUAAAAUUAUAUAAAGAUUUAGUAAAAGAAAAUCAAUCCAUAGAAAAUUAUUUUAAAAUAACGUUUUAUUGUUUAUGUGGUUAUUUACAAUAUAUUAAAGAUGAUUCUGAUUGGAAACAAAUUAUAAAUUGUUAUUAUGAUGAAAAAGAUGAAUUAAAACCAAAGGCACCUCAUAUAUUUUGUAUAAAAUGUAAAGAAGUAUUAGUUACGAAUAGAUUUCUUGAUAAAGAUAAAACAAAAAUUAUUAUGAUUUGUGAAUGUGGUAGUCGAAAUUAUGAUCGAAUUAAUUCUUAUUGGGUAAGAAGAGGAAAUAUUAAACAACGAAAAGCACCACAAAUAUUAUGUGAAGAAUGUAAUUCAAAGAUGUGGGUACAUACAUGGUUAGAUGAUAUAGGAUCUAAAGUGAAAUUAUUAUGUAAAUGUGGUUUUAAAAACUUUUUAAAAAAAAAUAAUAAUUGGGUCAGAAGUCCAAGAUGGAAAAAACCGGUACCAUUAAUAAUCUGUAAUUCUUGUCAACAGAAAAUGUAUAUGAGUCAAUGGCUAAAUAAUGAUGGAACAAAAGUAAAAAUGAAAUGUGAAUGUGGCUGGAAAACUUUAAUUAAAGAAGGAAAUACAUGGGUUAGAAGUGAAUGGUCAAAAAAAUUAUUAUGUUUAAGAUUAGUAAAAAACCCAGAAUUGUUACAAAAAAAAUAUAAUAUUCAUUCAAGAAGGAAAGGUAAAUUAAAUUCAAAUGAAUUAUAUGACGAUGAUGAUAAUGAUGGAGAAAGGGAUGGAGAACAAGAAGAAGGUCAAGGUCAAGAUCAAGAUAUACAACAAAUUGAAACAAAUGAUAUUUAUAAGGAUAAUAUGAUUCAAAAUAUACAACAACAGAAUAAUGAGUCUUAUUCAUUUAUUAAUACUUCCAUAAAGAAUGAAAAAUUUAUUGACGAAUUAAAUAAUAAUAAUAAUAAUAUUAAUAGUGAUAAUUAUAUUAAUCAGUCAUUAAUAUCAAAUAACCAUGCAGAUAAUGUAGUAAAAUCAGUUAAAAGGACUACUAAUAAAACACGAAAGAAUAGUAAAUCCUUAAAAAAUAAAGAAGAAAAUGAAAAAGGGGAUGAUAUGAAUAAUAAUAAUAUAUCUUCAAUAGAUAUGAAGGAACAAAUAACAGCGCCCAUCAUGACUAACGUUGAUGAGAAAUUAAAUAAAAGGAAGAAAAGAACGACUAAAAUGAAAAAUAUAGAAAUUAAUACGAAUAAUAUGAAUAAUUUACAUAUAAAUUGUGAAAAUAAUCAGUAUAAUGAUGCAGACUCCAAUAAAGAAUAUUUAAUGCCUAAUAAUGUAACGCAAUCAAAUGAAUUAAUUUUGAACCAAUAUAAUAUGAUGAAUAAUUUGAAAGAAAAUAAUAAGAUAAUAGAAAAGAAUGUCCCUGAAAUUGUUCAAACUGGAAAAGAUAAAAGGAGAAAACAAACUAAGAAGGUAGAGAAGGUAAUAAAUGAUAAUAAUAAUAAUAAUAAUAAUAAUAAUAAUAGUAAUAAUAAUAGUAACAAUAAUAGUAACAAUAAUAGUAAUAAUAUUAUAGUUGGGGUUAAAAAGAAUGAUGAUGAAAAUGUACCAUGCAGUAAUACCAACUCCAUUAAGAAGAAAGGAAGAAAAGUUACGUUUAACAAAAAGAAUGAGAAAAAGAAAAAGAAUGAAAAAUCAAACGAAGAAGUUAAAAAUUCAGAAAAUCGUGGAACUUUAAUAUCUGAUAUUAAUAUAACAGAUAGUCAAUUAUAUAAAUCAGGUCAAACAGAAGAGAAAAUUUUGUUAAAUGGAAAUGGUAUAUUAUUAUUAGAUAAUAUAAAUAAUAACGUUAAUGAAAGUCCUGAAAAAGUAACAAAUAUAUCAAUCAAUAUGAAUCCUUCAUAUGAUUUUUAUAACAAUGAAGAUGUUACUACGGUAAUACCUGAACACAAUGAAACUAAUAAUGAAAAUUAUAAUAAAAUAUAUUAUCAAAAUUCAUAUUAUAUUGUUUCAAAUUAUUAUGAUUGUUAUGGAAAGAAUUAUUAUAAUCAUGGAGAUAUUUCCACUUAUAAUGAAAAUGACCUUAUUAAUAAUACUGAUAAUAUAGAAUGUACAGUAAUUACUACUACUACAAAUAAUAAUAAUAAUAAUAUUGUUACAAAUAAUACUAAUAAUAAUAUAAUUAUUGGUGAUAACAUUAAAAAUAUUGAUAACAAUAGUGAAAAUAUUAUUAACAAUAGUGAUAAUAUUAAUAAUGAUACUAAUAAUGUGGAGGGUGGAACGAAUGCAAACCUUUAUGAAAACUAUAUACCAAAUAAUAAUUUCCAAAUAAUUAAUAACAAUUAUGUUAUGUCUUAUGAUAUGAAUAUUACAGAUGAAUAUUUAGAUGUUAAUAAAAAAUUCUCCGAUAAACAUGAAAUAUUGAUACCUUUAGAAGGUUAUGAUAAAAAGAAAUAUAUAAUUGAGAAUAUUAAGAAAUUUAAUUAUAAUAUUAGUGAAAUGGAAUUGAAUUCAAUAUUGGAAAAUUUAGAUGACAAUGAAUUAAUUGAUACAUUUAUUGCGAAUGUAAUAGAUAAAGAUGAAAUAGAAAAAAGUAAAUUGGAUGAUAAUGAUGCGACUGCAAAUUAUUCAAAUGAAUUGUAUCCAAAUAAAAUAUAUGUCGAUAGUAUGUAUACGUAUGAUAAUUAUCCAAGUGAUAUAUAUGGAAAUGAAAUAUAUUCUAAUGAGGUGUAUGAAAAUGUUGUAUAUGAGAAUGAAUAUUAUCAUAAUAUCCUUGAGAAAAAUGGAAUUAGUAAUUUGGAUAUCGAUAUUAAUAUGGACAUGAACAUUGAUAUGGAUAUGGAUAUUGAUAUUAAUAUGGAUAUGAAUAAUAUAAAUAUGAAUAAUAUAAAUAUGAAUAAUAUAAAUAUGAAUAAUGUAAAUAUGAAUAAUAUUAAUAUAAAUAAUGUUGAUAUAAAUAAUGUUGAUAUAAAUAAUGUUGAAAAUAUUAGUAAUAAUAUGAAUAUUCAAAUUAGUGUUAAUAAUGUGGAUAAUAAAAAUGCUGAUAUUAAUUUAAAUCAUAUGGAAAAAGAAAUAAUCGAAAAGGAUAUAAAUAAUAAUAUUAAUAGUAGUGAACAUAUGAAUAAAAAUUAUGAUAUGAUGGAAAAUAUGAAUGCUGUUGAAAAUAUUUCAUUAAAUAAAACAUUAAGAGAUAAUAAUUUUAUGAAUUCAAAUAUACAUAAUUUUAAUAUAAAAAAUAAUACAAAUAAUAGUAAUCCUUUUAAUAUUUCAAAGGAUAUAAAUAUUUUGGAAAAACAUAAUUUAGAAAUGAAUAAUAAUAUUAUGAAAGAAAGUGGUAAUAUAAAAAAUAUGACAAAUAAUGUAAUAUUGAAUUGUAAUAAAAAUAUAAUUGAUAAAAAUAUUAUUAGUAAUACCUUUGAUAAGGUUACAAAUGAAAACAUUCCAACGAUGCAAAAGAAUUAUUAUGAAAAUGAAAAAAAUCAUAUGAUGAAUAAUACUAUUAGUAAUGUAAAUAAUAAUAUUAAUGAUGAUAGUAAAAAUAAGAACAUGCAAAAUUAUGGACCCCAGAUUGAUAACAGUUCCUCUUUAAUUAAUUCUGCCUAUUUUUCAAACCAGCAUGAAAAUGUUAUUACUCAUAUGUACGUAGAUAAAUCAGUUAUGCAAAAGGAUAACUUUAACAACAUGGGGAAUAAUAAAUUUGGUACCAUAAACAGAAUGAAUAAUAUAAUACACGACAAACAAGUAUAUAAUAAUAAUAAUAGUAAUGAUAAUAUUAAAAAGAGUAUUGAUAAUAAUAGCACUAAUAAUAUUGUUGUUGAUGAAUAUAAUGAGAAAAAUUAUAAAGAUUUAUCAUUCGUUACAAAUAGUAAUGAACAUCAUGAUAGUUCAGAUAUUCCAAAUAAUUUUUGUAAUAAUUUUAGUAUGUAUGCAAAUAUGUUUAAUAUACAAAAUGUUAAUGGUGGUACAUUAAAAGGUCAUAUAUCUACUACUUAUAAAAGCAACUUAGAUCAUAUUGAUCCUAACAAAAAUGAGAUGAAUGUAUAUAACCAAGAAAAUGAAUAUGAGGUAAUUAAUGAAUAUGAUGAAAUGAAUGAAUAUAAUGAAAUAAAUGAUUAUAACGAAUUAAAUGAAUUACAUGAGAUUUUUGUUCGUUAUAAUUUCAAUUCUGAUAGUGAAGAAAAACCAUGUUUACAUGAACGUACAUGUAAAAUUAAUGAAUUUAUUACAGUAUGUACAAUAUGUCAUGAUUAUAUAAAUGAAAAUAUAGAAUGUAAACUUGUUUCAUGUAAUAAUGUUGAAAGUGAAGAAAAUUUAGGUCAUAAGUUAAAUGAGGAAGAUGAAGAACUAUUAGUACAUAAUAAUAAUAAUAUAAAUAAUUAUGAACAAAUAUUAGUUGAAAAUGGAAAAAUAGAAAAUAUUCAUUUUGAUGAAAAUAUUUAUGAUGCUAUUCCAAUGGGAAAUCUUAAAAACAUUCAUGAUGAUAGUAAUCCAAAAAAUAAUAAUAUUGUUAAUAAUAACAACAUAAAUAAUAAUACUGAUAACAAUGAUAAUAAUAAUAAUUAUAAUAAUAAUAAUAAUAAUAAUAAUAAUAAUAAUAAUAAUAAUAAUUAUAAUAAUAAUAAUAAUAAUAAUGGUGGCCUUGAUUGUUUGGGUGGAAAUAAUAUUUCUGUUUUAGAAGGAAAUGAAGGAGAUAUGAAUUAUAUAUAUAAUUCAUAUGAGGAAUUUUAUAUUAACAAUAAUACUAUGGAUGAUAUGAAAAAUAAUAAUAACUAUAUGAAUAAUAUCUUUUUUCAAGAACAUAAUAAUUAUUCAACAACUGCUGAUAAUUUUGUUUCUAACCAAACUCCUCUUAUGAAACAUCAGAAGUUUUAUUAUACUGACAAUAAUAAUAAUAAUAAUUAUAUUAGUGAUUCUGUAAAUUAUGUAAAUGGACAAUCUUUCUUAAACAAUGAUGAAUUAUAUAAAAAUGAUUCUUUAUAUAGUGAUAAUAAUUCUCCUUUAAUUAGUCACAAUAAUAAUAAUAAUAGUAGUGAUAAUAGUAAUAAUAAUAGUAAUAGCAGUAAUAACAGUAUUAGUAGUAAUGCUAAUCCAACGAAUAAUGACUGUAAUGAUAACUAUCAGGAAGAUUACGAUAACUUUAUUAAAUCAGAAUGUAAUAAUAAUUCCUGUUAUAAUAUAGUACAAAUUUGA